AUGCUAACCCUGCUUCUCGUCGUCGUCGUCAUAGGCCGAACACGAUACGAACGCUUGAUCCUCAUCGGCAGGUGCUGCGUGCCCCUGCGUCUCGAAGCCCUCAAAGCUGCCAUCACUGAGGCAAAGAGCGGCUCAGAUAUAACCCGCUACAAGGAUGCAUGGCAGUUGCUCCGUUCCGUCGCUCCGGAUGAGCCUGAAGCAAAGAGGGACGAUGAAUGGAUAGAGAGCACCGAGCUUGCCAACCGAAACGAGACGACUCGCCUGGAGACAGAACUUAAGGGGUACAAGAACAAUCUCAUCAAGGAGAGCAUCCGGAUGGGCAAUGAGGAUCUUGGCAAGCACUUCGAGAGCAUAGGCAAGCUCACCGAGGCUACUGACGCAUAUAACAAGAUGCGCCACGACGUGAGCACGACCAAACACAUCUUCGACUGUGGUAUUCACUUGGCCAGCAUUGCUUUCCAGCGCCAUGAUUGGGCCACUGUGUUGAGCAACGUCGGCAAGAUUUCUAACAUACAAACUGGGGACGAUGAGCAAGCACAGCAGGCCUACACCAAAGUGGCAUCCGGAGUUGCGCUCAUGGGGCUGGGUAACUAUUAUGAUGCUGCUAAUACCCUCCUUCUGACCAACCCCAACGUAUCUCCGACAGAGUACAACACGGUCGCCAGUCCCAACGAUGUUGCGAUAUACGGCGGCCUUUUGGCUCUUGCAACAAUGGACAGAAAGGCUCUACAAGCCCGCAUACUGGAUAAUCAAUCGUUCAGAAUGUUCCUAGAGCAUGAGCCGCACAUCCGGAAGGCAAUUAGUUUGUUUGUUAAUGGCCGCUACUCUAACUGCCUAUCCAUCUUGGAGUCUGUGAGAGCCGACUAUCUCCUGGACAUCUACCUGCAGCCACACAUGCCCACCAUCUACUCCCGAAUCCGCGAAAAGUGCAUUGUUCAAUACUUUAUACCCUUUUCAUGCGUCACAUUGGACAGCUUGGAUGCUGCCUUUGGUGCACCUAACCAGUCUGUUGAGCCGGAGCUCAUCAGGAUGAUUCGUGACGGCUCACUGAGAGCUCGAAUAGAUGCAAAGAACAAGCUUCUGGUAGCCGUUUCUCCUGACCCACGACUAGUCGUGCAGACAAAUGCACUUGCUGUGGCGCGGAAAUACGAGCAGGAGGCCAAAGAGCGGCUACGGCGCGUGAACCUUAUUUUCUCAGGUCUCGAGGCCAGCGGUGCUAAGAAGCUGCCGGGUCCUGGUGUUGGAGGGCCCGAGGUCAAUGAGGCUUGGUACGAAGAGAAUGGUCAACUGGCUGGCCAAGGGGCUGAGCGGGAGGAUCAGGAGUCUUAG